UCCCUGAUUGCAGAAAUGAGUCAAACAUCUCUGAAGCUGAAAAAGAAGAAUGAGCCCGGGACCAGGUACUCAAAAGAUCUAGACUCCGAAACGAGACGGGACUCUGAGAAAUCGGGGGUCCGCCUGAGCACUCAGGUGAGGCGCCCAGGCAGUCCGAGUCCCUCGCUGCGAUGUUGCCCCGUGCGUGGUCACCCGUCGUGUAGACGCUGCCUUUGUGCAGCUGGGGCUGGUCCCUGCCGCACAGCACGCAUUUAUGUUCACAUGUGCCUGUGGCGGGCGCAGGGCCAGCAGAUCACCAGGAUCAGGGGGUCGCAGGAAUUAUCAGCACCAAAGACAAACGCUCGAGGUGCCCUCCUGGGAAAUCAGUGGCCCGGAGCAUCACGAAGUCCUCCCACCAGGCCUCCGUCCCUGUCCCUCGAGGAGCCCAGAAGCAGGAACAGCAGUCUCAAGGCCCUGCAGCACGUCAAUGCCAGACUUCGUGAGCUGUAUCCUGAUGAACAGGACUUAUUUGAUAUUGUACUGAUGACUAAUAACCAUGCCCAAGUGGGAGUGAGGCUUAUAAACAGCGUCAAUCACUAUGGAUUACUAAUCGACUGGUUCUGUUUGACUGGUGGAAAAAGCCCCAUUGGCUAUUUGAAGGCGUAUCUUACUAACUUGUAUCUUUCUGCGGAUUCUGAAAAAGUACAGGAGGCAAUGCAAGAAGGUAUUCUUCCCCUGCUUGCUCAGGAAUUUGCUUCUGCAACAAUGUUUGAUGGGGCCAGAGACAUAGCUUACUGCGACACCCAGCUCCGAGUGCCCUUUGAUGGGGGUGCUGUCCUCUUCUCAGACGGGUCUGAGCACAUCGCCAAGAAGCCCGCGCUGGACAAGUUCUUUCAACAUGAAAUAAUGUUCGAGAAUAAGCCUCUCGCUCAGGGUCCCCUAAAAGGCUUUCUGGAAGAUUUAGGCCCACUGCAAAAGAAAUUUUAUUCCAAAGAUGAAAGGUUACUUUGUCCCAUCAGGACCUACCUGGUUACAGCCAGAAGUACAGCCAGUUCAGGCGGCCGUGUGGUGAAGACCCUUUGUCGCUGGGGACUAGAGAUAAAUGAAGCUCUUUUCCUUGCUGGAGCCCCCAAAGGUCCCAUCCUGGUGAAAAUCCGACCCCACAUCUUCUUUGAUGACCAGAUGUUCCACAUUGAAGGGGCACAGAAAUUUGGCACCAUCACAGCUCAUGUACCUUAUGGCGUCAGUCAAAAAUACAACACUUAGGGUGGAUGGCGAGAAGGAACAUGGCAAUGUCCUAUGAUAGGCCACACUUCCUUCGGAUAUCUAGAAUAAUUAGGUAUCGCAGAAGAUUGGACCUCAGAACUUAGCUUUUUUAGAAAGGUUUUUUUCUUCACUUCUUUGAAAACAUUUUGACCUCUCAAGUUUACUGUCAAUCUACUUCUCUUCAAGCAGUCAAUGCUGUUGAAUGCCAUUGUACCUAUUUCUGUGUAAGAUAAAAUGAUGCUUCUCUGAGAUGUUGAGAACUUGAAGAUUCGAGCACUUACAGGGCUAUUUCAGAAGCUUGCUUGGCUUCACAAAGCAUGGCUCCUUUUUGGAUGGAGAGGGAAUGAACUGUUCGCCAUCACCUUCUGGAAGAGCAGUCUUCACAGGUGAACGAGAAUGGCUAAGCACCCUCUUGGAAACCAGGGUUUUAUUUUGUUUGCCCUAAUGACCAGCCCUUUGACCAAGUCAAAAUGAGAGCAACACUUCACCUGGAUUUGGACACUGCUCAUGUGGUAAUAAAUCAGCUGAUUUUUCCUACGGGGCACAUUCUAAAAUGACCUUACAGAGCUUCCCAAGAAGGGUUCUUCAAAGCCUUUUCGGUGGGUUCAUUGGCUGUGGCCCACAGACCUCCACCCUUGAAGUCUCUGGCUCUGAGCCUAUAGGUUGACCCAAUACUUGGAUGGUAAAAACGUAAAAGAAAAAAAAACAAACAGCCAAACACCUUGUGAUGUGAAGUGUAGUAUUUUGGCUUUUCAUUGUCAUUUUGUUGAAACUUAUGUUUCCUUUUUAACAAAUCUUGAUUGGUUAUUGACCAUAAUAGACCCUAUGCUAGGCACAGUAAGCUAGUAAUUUUCAU